GAGCGUCUUCUAUUUCUUUCUAUUGUGUUUCAAGUUUCAAUAUUUUUUUUGGUUCCGAAAUGGUUCACGUGUUUUUGAAAGGGAACAAGAAAAAUCUACACGAAGAGGAAUGAAGAAGAUGUUUGUUUGGUAUCAUCGAUUUGUGCUGUUCUUGCUGCUCACAAGGGUUUCUUCAACUUCAUCACUUUCAUACACUGAUAAUCAAUCAAUAUUAAUGGCGUAUUUGAGAGUCUAACACGUGUCCAACUCCGACAUGAUACUGUCACUUGGUCAUAUAGAUACAAAUACUGGAAGAGCACUGAAUCAGGAUCAGGGUGAUGAUCAUCAAAUACAUUGCUCUAGAGAAAGAAGUAGAGCAGCUUGGAAGAUCAUUCAAGAGUAUUUGACGCCAUUUGUAGAGAAAGAAAAAUAUAAUAUCUCAAGAACGUGCCGGCUUCACCCUGACAAUGACAUAUACAGAGAUCAGGAACAACAUAAAUCUCAUAUAGAUAUAAAUGAAUGGCAGUGUGGAUACUGUAAGAAAACUUUCUACGAAGAGAAACAUCUUGAUCAGCAUUUUGACAACAGACACUCCAAUUUACUUAAUUUGAAUGAAAGCCGGUGCUUAGCGGAUGUAUGUGGGGCACUGCACUGUGACCAUGAAAUGAAUUCUGGUUCAAAAAAAUCAAAGUGCAAUCCUGCUGCUGCAGCAAGAAAUAAACAUCUUUGUGAGGCCAUAGCCGACAGUUGUUUUCCAGUUAACGAGGGCCCUGCGGCGAGCCGGCUUCAUGAAUUAUUCUUGCACCAAUUCUGUGAUGCUCACAGCUGCACUGGAAGUGGGAAGCCUUUCUCCAGAGGGCGCAGGAAAAAGACGAAUGUGAUCUACAUCGUUGCCUCGAUUUUUCUUGUGAUGCUGCUGCUACUUUACUAUCUCUACAUUUAUUUAUAUCAGAGAGGAUUGAAAAGGGAAACUCAAAUGCUGAGGCGUAUAUCUCAAACCGGCCGAAAAAAGAAACCAUCUUAAUCGAUAUUCACUUUAGAAGCUCUCAACAUGAUUUUUCAGAAAGUAAAGGUGUACCUAAUGGAUUCAACUAGAACUGUACUGCAUUUGAAAAUCCAGUUUACACCUUUUCUGCUAUUUGGAAGUCAAAGUUGGAGGAAGAAAGUGGUCCACGGCUUCAAAAUCAUGUCUAUCUGUUUUGCGAAUUGUAAGCCGAACUCUUUGUAAACUUAGACUUUGUGAACACAAAAGGAAAUGCAUGAUUGGAUCCGCCUUGGUUGGCUAUUUUCAUUUGAUUGUGCAUGGCAUCACCAACAAGGGAAAAAAAUGUGGAUUGUAUUUCUUAAUUUUGUUUACCAAGUUGAUUAGAAAUCAUUUGUUAACAUUUUCACAUCCUACCUGUAUGUUUACAUCACACAUUCAGUUAUUUGCUUUAAGUAAAUUCUGAGAAUAUCCUUGCUAGA